AAUAUAAAAUAAAAAAAAAUUAUAAAACAAAUUAAAGUGUCUCAUAUAUAGAGUUUAACGCAAGUGAAAGUGAAAUCUCCUCGCAAGCAAGUGCUCAAAGUGCAAAUUGCAAACGUGAAAAUGCAUAAACCCACGAAAUUCCAACGCCUGCCGCUAGCUAUGUCGUGUCACGCUUCCGGUGCACAUUCGUUGCAGCGACAAUGAAUAGUUGAGGGCACGUGUUCGGAGGUGUAGUGCGUGCGUGUGUAUUGCUCCGCUCAUUACCACAAGCCGUACACGACGUAACGCUUCAAAGCUUGUGCGAUUGUUGUGGUUGUGGUUGUUGUCGUCGUUGUCGUCUAGCGCGUGUGCGUGUCAGUGUGCAUUGCACAACGCUUGUGCCCCGCCAGUGCUGACCGAACGCUUAGAAGCCGCCUGUGGCCGCGCACGGGCGCCGAGUUGCAAUGCAAGCGAACAACAGCGGUCGAACGGCUUUAUCAGCACAAUCAUCGGGUACACCGUCGCAAUCAACGAUCUCGUCGUCCGGCAAGCAACAGGUUGUCGAAUUAUCGGGCUACGUUAUUAUAUUAGUGAAGAAUGUCGAAGGUAAAAUCAAGUUGUACGGCUCACCGCCCGAUCGCGAUAAUCUGGAAGUGGGCGAUGAGAUACUCGAGGUUAACGGUCUGACCUUGGAGAAUAUCUCGUAUGCGGAGAUUAUACGCCACAUCUAUGAGUGCAUAAAAUCCUGCACCAUUUGCCUGCGUGUGCGUAAAAAGAAUGAUACCAGAUUAGCCUGGGACAUUGGCAAUUCGGUGCAGGAGGCCUUCGUUAUCGCGGUCGAGGAGCAUGCGCGUGAGCGUCUGAAACGUUUGGCGGCGCUGAAUCGGGUAACACCGGUGGAUAUAACGGAAGUGUCGAAAACGCUGCAACAGACCAAAGGCGGUACGCAAUCGACACAGAAACAAGAUCUGAGCUUCCUCAACGAGGCCUCGCCCAUUUACGUCACCUCGUUCACCAGCACACAGAUCACGUGCAGCAGCUCGACCGUCACCACCGCCACCGCCGCAACUGCCGGACUCAUUACCUCGUCGACGAUUGCGCCAACCGCCUCGGCGACCGCGACGGGCAUCACCACCACAUCGGCCAUUGUGCACUCAGCGGUGCCACAGAGCUCGACAGGCGCCGUAGCCGCCGAUCGGAAUGCAAACCAGACGUCGGCAGCAAUUGUGAGCGCCACAGCAGCAGCGGCAGCCGCCGCCGCCGCACCAACGAAACUAGCCAACCACAGCGGCAGCAGCAACGUUUACCAGCAGCAGCAGAUGCCGCAGCAGCCGACGUCGGCGGCGAAGCCAGCGAUCGCAGGUAAAGCUCAGCAACAACCACCACCGCCACUUACCUUGCAGUUCCAGCAGCAACAGGCCGCACAGGUGGCGCAGUUGGCGCAGCUGCAGAAUCUGCAGACGCCUACCAUUGCCACCAGCUUGCAGCAUUUAGCUGUCGCGGAGGAAGAGGACGACGACGACGAUCUGAUCGGUGUUGCCGGCAACUAUUGUAGCAUUAACUUUAUAAAAUACAACAACAAACACGCACAAUUGCCACCAGCCACAUCGGCGGUGGUGCUGCCCGCUGCAGCAGCCAGCCAGUUGCAGAGGCAACAGCUGCAACAGUUACAGCAACAGCAGCAACAACAACUACAGCUGCGUCAAACGAAGUCGCACCCGCACAUCCCGCCCCCACUGCAGAUCCCCAGCACAAUACUUGUCGAUGCACAAACCUCCACCUCACCGCUGGCCGCAACCGCCGUGGGUAAUCUAAAGGCACCGCUCACAGCAGCGCCUGCGAAGUCCACAACAGCAACCGCAACUACAACAGCGACUACAGCUGCCAGCGCCGCAACAGCAGCGGCUGGCUCGACAACCCCGACAACCGAGUACUCAACAGCCAUAUCCAGCAGUCAUCUGCAGCAGGCGUUCGCCUCGGCGGCCGCGGCGGACCAGCAGCAGCAGCAACAGUUGUUUAACAACAACAAUAUAGCAGCAUCAACUCUAGGCGCAGCCGCGGCAUUGAGCAACAACAAUAAUAAAGCGGUGCCAGGUGUCAUUGUGGAUCAGCCCACAGCCGGCGGUGGUGCGGUUGCGGCUGCAGCUGGGGGCAGCGGGCCCUACGGUAGUAAUAUUAGUAGUAAUUGUGAUUUAUUAAUAUCGAAUAAUAUACAACCACCGAGACGAGAGUUACUAACUACACUUAACGAUGAUGGCAGACACUUUGAUGGCGAUGCGGCAAAUAGCAACAACAACAUCAAUAAACAAAGUGCCAGUGGCAGCAGUAAUAGCAACAACGAUUUGCUAAAUAAUACAACAAAUUUAUACGAUAAUAAACAAAUACAACAAUUAAGAAGUAGUAGUCCCAAUAGUAGCAUAUCAAAAGGAAGAACUGAACUUUUAUUAGGAGAUCAAAGUUUAAGGCAGGAAAUACGGCCUCGCCGUCGUUCUGGCUCCAGCAUUGUCGUUAUUGAUGGUGAUGAUUUGAAGCCAUGCUUACCGGACGACUAUAUUAGUAGUCAGCAUUAUCGACAGCAUUCUGGUGAAAGCAAAGAAAUCGAUCAGGAAAUGUUGACAAUGCUUUCAGUUAAUCAAGAUAAUGGUCCACAUCGUGAGAUGGCUGUCGAUUGUCCAGAUAAUUUUAUCGCGCGUAAUAAGACACCACCACGUUAUCCACCACCACACCGUCCACCACAGCCACCAACACAAUACAAAAGCAACAACAGUACACCACAACAACAGACACCGACGGCGACACACACCAGCAAUGGCGGUGGGAAUAAGAAGGCUCUACCGACGCCGAACAACAAAUACGCCGCCACCAGCAGCAAUCCGAAUGGCACCGCCAGCGGUGAGGAGUUCGAGUUGGUGGCCAUCGAUGGUGGCUUGCUGCAACGCGCCGGCUCUUCGUCCUUUUCAUCCUCGUACGAGGAUUCAAUCGGCAAGAGCUCCUUCGAUUCCAUUGCUUAUUGUCAUUUACAUAAUAAACAAAACAACAACAUCAACAGUCUCAACAACAAUAACAUAAACAACAAACACUACAACAACACGAGUAACUCAUCAAAUUCAUCAACGCCAACGAAGCGUGGUGGCGGUGGCAUUACCGGCGGCGCUGGGGAUAGCACCGGCUCGAAUGGCUCGUCGCCCGGCGUCAACGAAGCGCCAUUGAUUGAGGGUUUGUCUGGCGGACCGCCCGAGUAUGAGCUGCUGCCGCUGUCGAUGUGCAAGCAAGUGGCUGCGAGUCUAUUGGACCCGCCAUCGGGUAAGCACCGCGAGCUGCCCGUCGAUGUGCCGGACAGUUUCAUAGAGAUCGUCAAGACACCGCCGCGCUAUCCGCCGCCACCACAUCUGUCCUCGCUCUCAUCGCAGUUGUCGUCGAACUCAUCCACUUCGACGGCCAACACUACACUGACGCACAUCAACUCAUCAUCCAACUCAUCCACCAACAAUCAUACCAACAACAACGGCAGUCACACUAAUGAUAACUCCUUCUCGCCCACGUGUUCCUCCGUAUCGGGCUCAUAUUCGGCGCUCGCUUCCAUCUCGGCCACGGGUAUCGCAACACUGUCUGCUUGCUCGCCGCUCUCCACGGAUCAUAAGUCAAAAUCAGCAAGCACAAAGUCAACGUCCGGCUGCCAUCCACUGAAACAGUUGGUUAAACAGAAGAGCUUGAUAUCGUUGGGUUCGCUGAGUGGCUCCGCUGAGAAAUUAGAUAAAUCAACAGCAGCAGCAACGCAACGUCAACAACCGCAACCGCAAGUGCCAACGGGUGGCGGCACAAGUGCGGUCGACGGCUGCUUGGUGAGCAAAAGUGCUAAGACGUCGUCGUCCAAGCGCAACGAUGAGUUGAAUGGCUCUGUGAAGCCAGUACCGCCGCCGCGCGAUCAUCUGCGCGUCGAAAAGGAUGGCCGCCUGAUAAACCGCACGCCCGCGCCGCAACUACCAGAUCGCCGUUUGGGUAGCAGUGGUGCCGGCGCGCCUCAACAGAUAGCGCAGAUAGUCGAGCCGACGCUGGAGCAGCUGGACAGCAUCAAAAAGUAUCAGGAGCAACUACGUCGACGUCGCGAGGAGGAGGAGCGCAUCGCGCAACAAAAUGAAUUUCUACGCAACAGUUUACGUGGCUCGCGCAAGCUUAAGGCGCUGCAGGACAACAAGGCGGCGGCACAGCAACAGCCGGCCGCGGAGCGCGUUUCGGGCGUGGAGAACGAGGCGUACAUGGACGAUGAAGAAGUCGAAAAAAUCAAUGGCUAUGGCGAACUGAUCGCCGCGCUGACACGCCUACAGAAUCAACUCACCAAAAGUGGUAUGUCCACACUGGCGAACCGUGUCAUGGCCGCCCACAAUGUGUUGAGCAGUGCUGGCGUUGCACAUGCGCUUGCCGCGCGUGCAGCCGUCUUGCAACGCCGGCGCCCGCGAGUCGCCAAUCCAGUAAGCGUGAACGCCACGACGCUACAAAAGGAUAUUGUCGAACUGCUGACGCAAUCGAACUCGGCCGCUGCUAUCGAACUGGGCAAUCUGUUGACGAGUCAUGAAAUGGAGGGUCUGUUACUGGCGCAUGAUCGCGUUGCAACGCUCACCGAUGCCACACCAUCACCCAUUCUUAGCGGCUCUAGCAGUCCACAGCAGACGUCAACAGGCGCGCCAGUGCCACUUCCCAAAAGCGCAGCGGUACGCGGCACAGCCGUGCCACCGCCAGUGGUACCGCCGCCACUAGCGCAACGCAGCGCCAUGCCACUGCCGCAGAAUAUGACGGCGCCGCCAGUACCACCCCAGCAUGGUGGUUUCAUGAAGCAGCCAAUGCGCGCCGAUUCUCCACCUCUGAGCGCCUGCUUUGGCACGCUUAAUGACCAGAACGAUAACAUACGCAUCAUACAGAUUGAGAAGUCCACAGAACCGCUCGGCGCGACGGUACGCAAUGAGGGCGAGGCGGUCGUCAUUGGACGCAUAGUGCGUGGCGGUGCUGCCGAAAAAUCUGGACUGCUGCACGAAGGUGACGAAAUACUCGAAGUGAACGGUCAAGAGUUGCGCGGCAAAACUGUGAACGAAGUCUGCGCGCUGCUCAGCUCCAUGCAGGGUACGCUGACAUUCCUCAUUGUGCCCGCUGGCAGUCCACCACCCGGCGGUGGCCACCGCGAGAAUGCAGUACUGCAUGUGCGCGCCCACUUCGACUACGAUCCCGAGGAUGACUUGUACAUACCGUGUCGUGAGCUGGGUAUUAGCUUCCAGAAGGGCGACGUCUUGCACGUGAUCUCGCGUGACGACCCCAAUUGGUGGCAGGCGUAUCGCGAGGGCGAAGAGGACCAAACGCUGGCCGGUCUCAUACCUAGUCAAUCGUUCCAGCAUCAGCGUGAGACCAUGAAGUUGGCCAUUGCCGAAGAGGCGGGCUUGGCGCGCAGUCGCGGCAAGGACAGCAGUAAGGGUGCGACACUGUUGUGCGCGCGCAAAGGUCGCAAGAAGAAGAAGAAGGCCAGCUCGGAAGCGGGUUAUCCGCUGUACGCCACAACUGCACCGGACGAAACGGAUCCCGAGGAAAUACUCACCUACGAAGAGGUCGCCUUAUACUAUCCACGUGCCACACACAAACGGCCCAUAGUGCUCAUCGGGCCGCCGAAUAUCGGACGACACGAGCUGCGUCAGCGAUUGAUGGCCGAUUCGGAUCGUUUCUCCGCGGCAGUGCCACAUACGUCACGUGCGCGCCGCGAAGGUGAAGUACCCGGCGUUGAUUAUCACUUCAUCACGCGCCAGGCCUUUGAGGCGGACAUACUGGCGCGCCGCUUCGUCGAACAUGGCGAAUACGAGAAGGCUUACUAUGGCACCUCGCUGGAGGCCAUACGUACAGUGGUGGCGAGCGGCAAGAUUUGCGUGCUGAAUCUGCAUCCGCAGAGCUUGAAGCUGCUGCGCGCUUCCGAUCUGAAGCCGUACGUGGUGCUCGUGGCGCCGCCGAGUCUCGACAAAUUGCGACAGAAGAAGAUACGAAAUGGCGAACCCUUCAAGGAGGAGGAACUCAAGGACAUUAUAGCCACUGCCCGCGACAUGGAGGCACGCUGGGGCCAUCUCUUCGACAUGAUAAUCAUAAACAACGACACAGAUCGUGCUUAUCAACAGCUGUUGGCCGAGAUCAAUUCGUUGGAACGCGAACCGCAGUGGGUGCCGGCCAGUUGGGUGCAUAACAAUCGGGACGAGUCAUAAAGUCAAUGGAAAUGAAUUGCAAGCGAAAUGAAGUGUGAGACGAACGUAAAACAGGGAUUUGUGCUUAAGGAAAAUGAACUGGAACUGGUAGAACUAAGUGAAGACACGAAAUGAGAACACAAAAAGCGCUGCAGUGCAGCAGUGAACUGUCUACGAGAAGCUUUUGAUGUUAAAUUUUUGUUAAAUUUCCAACUUCCGCUAGUUGUUUGUUGUAAUUUAUUUGAGUUCUACAUACCUACGGAGCUUUCAUCGAGCUUUUGAACUUUCAUUUUCUGGUUUUAUGAGCUUUCACUGCACAAUUUCGCUAACUUCUGCAAAGCGUAACUGUUUUAGUCGCCACUUCACCAAUAUUGUUCCACAGUGUUCGUGUUACAACAAAAACAAACAAAGGUUUCGCGUCGAGCGCUCGUGAGUUGUAGCGUGCAAAAGUAUAUGCGAAAGCUUUAUUUCCAAAACGAAAAUGCAAUACUUACACAUAAAUAUAAAUACAAAUAUACAUAAAUAUUAUUUACUUGAACAUACCGUAUACUAUAUACAAACAUUUAUAUAUAAACACACACAUACACACAUGCAUACAGCGCAGAGUUGAACGUUUUUAUGUAUAAUUUGUUGAUUUAGUAAUAAAAAAUAUUAAUUUUUAAAGUUAAAUUUCACACUUCUGCGUUGCAAAAGCUGAGCAAAACUGUUGAACGUUGGAGAAUGUGUGUAAUAAUGCGUGUUAAAUAUUAAUUAUAAUUCAAUAUUUUUAAAUUGAAAAUAUUUUGAAAAAAUUACACAAAUUAUGCAUGCAAAAUACUUAAUUUUUAAAGCAUAUAUUUAACGGUCUUAUGCAUAAAAAAUAUUGUUUUGUUUAUUUAAAUAUUUUUAUGUAAAAUUUAUUUUUUUUAUGACUUUUUAAUAUUUU